AUGUCUGCUCCAUUCAGUGCCGAAACUGCCGACAACUUAGAAGACAUCGAGAAGCAAUUUGCCGUCAAGGCUGUGAUGCAAGCCGAGACCUACUGGGGCUUGUUAGAAAAGAUUCCUGGCUCCAAGUUAAAAUUGACCCAGCACGACGAUGAAAUCUUCGAAACCUUGUUAACCGACUUCCCAGAGUUCAAGGACCCAGCUGUCGCUGCACGCGUUGAUGAGAGCCAAAUGAAGAGUGUUGCUGGUAAGGCCAAGUGGAGAACAUUCUGUGAAAAGUUCGACGAAAUCGAAGACUACAACUUCGGUACCUUGUUGAGAGUCAAUGCCAACGACGAAUACUCUCAAGACGGAACUAUCUUCGUGGUCAGAAUCCAAUUUUACGCCAUUGAAAUCGCCAGAAACAGAUACGGUUUGAACGACUGGGCCGCCAAGAAGUAA